CCUCUCUGUGUCCCUCUUGAUCACUUCGUAGAGCGAGACAAUCCGGAAGAAUAACAUGUGAAUGUUGGCAGGGUGAAAUACUAAUGGAGAUUUCCGUUCUCCUUUACUGAAAUUAUUGUAGAAAAGCGUGAGAAGGAAUCUGCUGGGGUAAAGGUUAUCAUGUCAGUAUGGUUGGCACCAUAACUGGGGCAGGGUGUGGACUGCCUGUAGUUUUGCUUUGCCUGGCAGCCCUCCUCUGUGCUAAUAUACUGCUGUAUUUCUAUCUGGACGCCCUGUAUCAGGACACUAAUCCUUCAUCAGCACAUAUGCGGUGUCCACCUCAACACUUUAAAAUUGGAACUAUGACCACGUGUACCCCUUGGCUGCAGUGUCCAGAAAUCCGUGCCGAGGUCCGUAAAGUGAAGCUUAUUGGACAGGGGGCUGUAAAGAGGGUCUAUUUAUCAGAAUGGCAAGGACAGAAGGUGGCUCUCUCUGUUUUGUCAUCAGAGCAGUAUAAAGAUGAUUUCCUCCAUGGACUGUCAAUGCUGCGUUCCUUGCAGAGCAACCAUGUUGUAAUGCUUGUGGGAACAUGUGAGGAAGAAGAUAUGUUUGUUACAGAGUACCAUCCUUUUGGGUCAGCACUGACUAUUGAAGACACACUUGCCGAAGACAGAUAUCACUGGCGAAACUCGUGGCACACUCGACUACAGCUGGCAAUAGACUACGUCGCCUUCCUGGCGUACCUCCACGCCAGUCCGGUGGGCAUCCGGGUGAUGUGUGACUCCAAUGACCUGCACAAAACUCUCAGCCAGUUCCUUCUGGCAUCUGACAUGCGUCUGCUGGCCAACGACCUUGAUGCACUUCCUGAAGUGAAUAGGGGACAUCGAGGGGUAAAGUGUGGCCACCAUGAGAUAACUGGAGACUUUGUUGCCCCUGAGCAGUUAUGGCCCCAUGGUGAGCAUGUUCCAUUUUCAGAUGAGCUCAUGCCUGACUACGACGAAAAGACGGACAUCUGGAAGAUUCCAGACGUGACACGUUUUUUAUUGGGGAAUGUGCUAGGAAGUGAUGUCAUCCAUUUUCAUUUGUUUCAUAUUCACGCAGAGUGCAAGAGGAAGGAUCCUCGGUUGCGGCCCACUGCACUUGAGGUCCUUACUGUUUAUCGCUCUGUUUAUGACAGCAUGGUAGAGAGUCAAUCUCAGAGGGUAAGAGAUAUGUUGUAGUGAAUCAUCUUUUAAGACGAGGAUUUUCAUUUCACACUGACAUUAUGUGAAUUGACCAAGAAGUAUACAGUAGACAGCGAAAUCUGUUAUAAAUAUAAAUGACAUUAAACAGAGGAUAAGCUGCAGUAUCUCAGGGUUUCAGCUCUAAAUUUAUUCUUAAGCGGACUACUAAGUUUUAUAUAACUGUACUUAGUGUUCUAUUCAGUUAGUUGAGUUACUGAUGCAAUGCUUGUGUUGUUUUCACCUUAAUUUCAGGAAUUUAUUAAUAAAUUAUACUUAACACUG